AUGUCGGAUAGCCUUGUUGAGGAGAUUAAGAGUCAAAUCGUCGUUCGAGACGAUGAAAUUAACGUCUCCGACUUGGAAGCCAAACUAAAUGUUGCGAAACCUGUGGGUUACGACACGGUGGUCGUGAUUCAAGGUGUUCCUGUCGUAGAAGAAUCCAAAGUUCAGGAUUUUUAUCGCUUUUUAACGAGUAGAUUGUUUGCCAAAAUUGGCAAAGUCAAAGAAAAUGGUUUGUACAUGCCUGUGGAAGACAAAGACGGCAAGAAGAUGUCGAAUGGUAUCGUGUUUGCAGACUUUGAAACCGUUGAAUUUGCCGACCUCUGUGUACAAGAACUUGAUGGAAAACAAGUUGUAAAGAAUCACGUUUUCGUUGUCCGCAAGCUAAGCCAGCUUGAGAAGGCUUUGAACACCCCAGAAGAAUUCACUUUUGAAGAACGUGAAUUUAAAGAGCGUGAACACUUGCGUAGCUGGCUCGCUGACUAUUAUGGCCGUGACCAGUUUAUUAGCUACUAUGGAAAUCAGGUUUCUGUCAACUGGAAUCGCAAGAGUGAUAUUCCUGAGCAAAUUGUCAACCGUGAAAAUUGGACUGAAACUUAUGUCCAAUGGUCACCUUUAGGUACUUAUUUAGUUUCUUUGCAUCUUCGUGGUAUCCAACUUUGGGGUGGCGAGUCAUGGAACAUGUGCGCUCGUUUUUUGCAUCCAUAUGUGAAAUUUAUUGACUUUAGCCCUAACGAAAAUUACCUCGUUUCUUGGUCUUAUGAACCCGUCCGUCUUCCCCCUAUUGGACACCCUGCUCGUGAAAACAUGCCCUUUACUGAAGAAGACGAAGGAAAGCAUUGUUUCGUUUGGGAUAUCGCCUCCGGUCGCAUCCUUCGUUCUUUCAAGAUUCCCCCCCAACUCGACAACAAGGAUUCAAAAAAGGUGGUCUGGCCUCUUUUUAAGUGGUCUGCUGAUGACCGUUUCCUCGCACGUGUCAAUGUUGGCCAAUCGAUUUCGAUUUACGAAACUCCUUCUCUUUCUUUGGUCGAUAAAAAGGCUCUUAAAAUUGAAGGUGUUCAGAACUUUGAGUGGUGCCCCGUUUCCAAUGCUCUUGGCGGAGACAACAAGGAGCAACUCUUAGCCUAUUGGACUCCUGAAGUCAUAAAUCAACCUGCUCGUGUUGCUCUCAUGAGUGUCCCAUCCAAGCAGACUAUUCGUACUAAAAAUCUUUUUAAUGUCUCUGAUUGCAAGUUGUACUGGCAGUCCAAUGGUGACUUCCUCAGCGUGAAAGUCGACCGUCAUACCAAGACUAAAAAAUCUACUUUCUCCAACUUGGAGAUCUUCCGUAUUCGUGAAAAGAACAUACCCGUGGAAGUUGUUGAGCUUAAGGAUGUUAUACUCAAUUUCGCUUGGGAGCCCAAGAGUGACAGAUUUGCUAUUAUUUCUGCUAAUGAUCAAAUCUUGAGUUCUACCAAUGUCAAAACCACUCUUUCUUUCUAUGGAUUUGACCAUAAAAAGAACACAACUAGUACAUUCCGUCACAUCGCUUCUUUUGAUAAGAAAUCUCUCAACUCCAUCUUCUUCGCUCCUAAUGGCAGAUUUUUGAUAGGUGCCACUCUCGGUUCCGCUACACAGUAUGAUUUGGAAUUCUAUGAUGUGGACUUUGAUACUGAUAAAAAGGAACCUGAUGCUUUGGCCAAUGUUCAACAGAUAGGUUCAACCGAACACUUUGGUAUGACUGAACUUGAAUGGGAUCCAAGCGGACGCUAUGUGACCACAAGCAGUACCGUCUGGCGCCACAAGCUUGAGAAUGGCUACAGAAUUUCGGACUUUAGAGGUACCCUUCUUCGCGAAGAAAUGAUUCCAGACUUUAAGCAAUUUAUAUGGCGACCUCGUCCUCCUACUCUAUUGUCUAAGGAAGACAUGAAGAACAUUAGAAGAAAACUUAAAGAUUACAAUCGUCUCUUUGACGAAGAGGAUAUUGCCGAAACAAGCUCUGCCAAUCGUGAAUUGGCCGCUCGCAGAAGAACUCUUAUCAGUGAAUGGCAAAAAUAUAGAGAAGAAGUUACUGCUCAUGUUUCUGAAGAGCGUGCCGUUGUUGGUCAACCUCUUCACUCUGUUCUUCCUGCUGACGAAGAAGAAGUUGUCCAAGAAACUGUUGAAGAGGUUAUUUCUGAACAAAUUGAAACAAUUGAAGAUUAA